AUGAAGACUUUUGUUGCCCCGAUCCUGUCCGUUUUUGUUCUUCUUUCGGGAGUAUCAGGUGAGAAAUAUCUUGAAAAAACGCAAGAUGAAAUUAUAAAUAUAAACAGCUGUCUGACUUAUUUGAGUAGUUAUACGCCAUGGUCUUCCGUAUGGCGGUAGAAUCGAUGGUUCAUUUGAAUUAUAUCUCGCUAACAUUUCUUUCUUUUGGUACUGAUUGUUUCUUCAUUGCGAAAUAAGAUUUUGAAUUAUCUUCAGUUCGUUUCGGUCGACAGUACAUAUACUUUUCUUUGUAUUGCUUCUCUGUUGGCUCCGAUGUGUCAAAAGAUAUGCAUCCGUGAGUAUUGACAUGUCAUACAGAUAAGCCGAAUUUUUAAAGACGACACGUUUUUGCUCAACAAUCUAGCUAUUCAUAAUCUCGUUAACAUAUAUUUUAGUUUGUAAGCUACAAUUCUCUACUUUGGCAUUAAAAAAUUGUUUGACUGAGAAAGAAAAUGUAGACGCAAGCACAUUCAUUUUAGAUUCGACUUCCUUCAUCUUCAUAAUUUCCUGUUUCCUCCGUAAUCGUUCGUAGCAGAAUGUGCUAUAGAAUCGAGUUUUUGGGAUCAUUCCUCCAUAAGCAAGUCCGUCCAUCCAAUGGAUUGAAUCGAUGACCCUAUUUCUUUGCUUUCGUCGCUGUGUACUUAUGCAGAAAAAAAUUCUAAAGCCAUUAAAACAACAAAGACUGAUAAAUGGAGGUGAAUUAACAAUUUAAAAUGGAGUCCGACAUUGGUCGGGGGGGGGGGCGGGGGGUUAGUGUAUGAGCUGCUUGUAAGAUCUCUCCUAAUUGGUCCGGCCUGGGUUACUGUUUAUCAGGGUUAAUUUAUAGUUGUACAAUGUAGGCUUAAACGGGCAUGUGAUGAUCAUUCAAUAGUCAAGCUAUACAAGUGAAUGUAGUUAGCAAUUCAGGUCACAUAUCAACGUUUUUUAAUUAUAGUAAAGAACAGUUGCCAUUAGUUUGUUCACAAUAAGCUUUUUUCCAUUUUUUUCUUCUAUCUUGCAAACAACAAAAACGCUACAAUGCUCGAAAUUGAAAGGAAUAUCACAAAAAGUUUUUUCAAGUGUUAAAAUUUUCCGAGAUUAGUUUAGAGAUAAAAAUAACCAGAUUUCAGGAAUCUUUACGGGCCCUUUUUCCGGAUCACAACAACCUCGUGGGAAAAACGCCCUGGGGACGCGGUCGGAAACACAGACCUAAUUAGACUCCACUCAGUCUUAUUCUGAGCUUCCUGUUAAUUAUAGCCUUUAGUUGAGUGAAGUUUCACGUUAAAAGUAUUUAUUACUAUUCUCUCUUGCACUUACUUAUAACUUACAUUCUGACUAUGACCAGGUUUUACCUAAAAUAAUAGUUUUUAUCUUUGUUUUCCUUAUAACUUAACAGGUGUUAGACAUGGUGGUGACCAGGCCAACGAUACCUCUCCGGACAUUUCUAACGAGAAGUGUCCACUGCAAUUGAAUACUAAACUUCCCGGCAUGAAUUGUUCAGUUCCUAACGACUACUUCUGUGGGCAAAUCACGUGCUCAGCUCUCUUCAGCCACGUGGAUAUCAAGUUGACCAUGAAAAUUACCCAAGUGGAUGAUUCAGAUUGGCCAAGUGGGUACAUUUCGGCUUAUAUCAGUUUGUCUGUUCGAGACAACCUGACAUGGUCGCACUCCUUCCUUGAUGGCGAAAAGUUUAAGGUUCCUGGGUUCCCGCUGAAAGUGGAAGGUUUUGAGGGAGCUGAUGUGUUUUUACAGGUCUCCCUAAAGAAAGAAAAUCGCGCCAUCUAUUUCAAGGUAAGCAUGAUUGAGUAUAAGGUCGGUUUCCUGUGCGUUAGAAACUUUCGUCGGGUGUGCGGAAUAUUUGGUCGUGAAAACGUUAUGUAGACCCCUUCUCCACUCCCCGCGAACAUAACUUCUUUAGCCCUGAUGCCCACCCCAACGGUCACUAUUUCUACUCUCCCCCAAACCUCCUCUUAAAUAAUCGAAAUUUGCAGUCAUUUGAGUGAAAAGGGUCAAAAGGCCGUUUUUUGAGCCCGGGAAGCUCGAAAAUCACACCAACGAAGGAAAAGGAAAGGGAAAAAAUAAUAGAGCGAGGAGAAAGAGGGGAAGAGAAGAAAAAAGAGCAAUGGUUGUACACUUAAUUAGCUUUUAUAAGGGCUACUUUGAAAGCUUUUGGCUGAAAAAAACUCAGUGUUUGACGGUAACGUUUUUAAAAAUCCGGCUAGAUAUGUAUGACCCAGAAAAAAAGCUGCUUUGUUCUUUAAUACAGCAAAUCUUGAAUUUUCUAAUUACAAAGUUAUAACACUGCAAACGCAAGGCUGAUACAAUGGUUAUAAGGUCUGCUAAUAAGAGUCAAAAGCGAUUCACGUAACUUUGACAGUGAAUCAAAGGAAGGUGUACUGCGAAGAGGGAAGAAGCUGGAAAAGAAUAUAUCAGGCUGACAAUUUAUGCUCAUGAUCGCUUUCUUUCUUCUCUUUACUUUUCUGUUAAGUUUUUAUUCCACUGUUAUCACGAUCAGGUUGACUUACAGGCUAUAUGGAGUAACCUCACAACAGAGAAAACAUACAGUACAACGAUCUUUGCGGGAAAAACGCCAGACGAUCCCAUGUUAACCAUUGCAGUUUGCCGUUUUCGUCCCUUUGAUGGUAAGUAUGAUGUAACUAGAUGUACUAAUGAUCAUGAGCAUCUUCAAAACUAUAACAGCACAGGUAAUUAGUGCUCACAACUGGAAUUUUAACGCGGCUUCUGAACGCCUGUAUUCAGCCGCACAGCUUGGCGCAACAUGGUUGACCGAACACGGAUCAUUUCAAAAAAGCAUUGUGAAAAUGGCUCAGUAUAUGCCGGCACGAAAACCCUAGUAUAAACACCUAUCAACUAUGGUAGUUUUCACUUUCGAAAUCGACGCAGCACAGCUUCGCUUCGUUACAGAAAUCGCGCUGAGCUGAUCACCGUUUUCUUGUGUGAACAGAAGCCAUAUCCCGGCGGUAUGGUUUUCGUGCCGGCGCAAAGACUAUUUGGUACAUAGCCUUCAUGUGAAAUUCGCNAUCACGAUCAGGUUGACUUACACGCUAUAUGGAGUAACCUCACAACAGAGAAAACAUACAGUACAACGAUCUUUGCGGGAAAAACGCCAGACGAUCCCAUGUUAACCAUUGCAGUUUGCCGUUUUCGUCCCUUUGAUGGUAAGUAUGAUGUAACUAGAUGUACUAAUGAUCAUGAGCAUCUUCAAAACUAUAACAGCACAGGUAAUUAGUGCUCACAACUGGAAUUUUAACGCGGCUUCUGAACGCCUGUAUUCAGCCGCACAGCUUGGCGCAACAUGGUUGACCGAACACGGAUCAUUUCAAAAAAGCAUUCUGAAAAUGGCUCAGUAUAUGCCGGCACGAAAACCCUAGUAUAAACACCUAUCAACUAUGGUAGUUUUCACUUUCGAAAUCGACGCAGCACAGCUUCGCUUCGUUACAGAAAUCGCGCUGAGCUGAUCACCGUUUUCUUGUGUGAACAGAAGCCAUAUCCCGGCGGUAUGGUUUUCGUGCCGGCGCAAAGACUAUUUGGUACAUAGCCUUCAUGUGAAAUUCGCCUUUAUGGCUGACAAUGCCUUUGGCGUUUGUGCCAUCCGCUUAUGCGGGGCGCAGGUGUUGCCAACAUAAUACAAAAACAUCAAAAAUACUCCACCAUCACUGAGCUCAGUCAGAAGAAAACAGGACAUUGUAAAUUGCUAAAAUUUCUUUUUAAUUUGAUACCUUUUUUCUUUCCCGCUUCAUACAGGUAAGUCAGAUGAUCAUGAACGCCCAUUUCAUAAAAGAUUCCAGGCGUUCCCGACUUUUUCCAAGGUUCUGAUUGCUAUGGCAGUUUUUGCACUUGUAUUUUUCCUAAUCGUUAUCGCCUCCUUUUACUACUGCAAGAAGAAAAAGGUAACCGCUGGCCAAGUGAAUCCUUCCAAGCCUCCUUCCUAUGAAGAGGCUACUUCGAUCAAGACCAAGGUUCCGAUGCAGCCGCUGAUCAAUGAAGUGUAGGACGUCGGCGCAGCUUUCAGUUUAAAUCUCAAGCCUUAGUGUUCAACUUGACUUUGCUUUGGAAGAUAUUCGGUUUUUGAUAUUUGAAUAUGCCAACUGUUAAUAUAAACCAUCUAAUUAACUAGUUUUGAUUAGAUGGGAGAUGGACUGCUGAUGUUUUUAUAUGCCAAUGGUUUAUUUUUCUGAACUGAAUCAGCUGAAUCAGCAAUUUCUUGCUCGCACAUCUUGUCUCAAACUUGACAUCGGUUUUAUUUAAUUAAUUUCUACCUUUAGAGUUAAUUGCAUGUUAAUGAAGAUUGAAAAGCUAUACAAAGAAUAGAGUACUGAUAAAAGUACGGAAAACUACUUUAAUUGCGGGAGAAAGAGAAGACGGAGAAACUAAAAAAGACAAAGCUGAGAGAAAGGCAAGGGAGAUUCAAAAGAGAAGUCCGAGUAACUGAGAAAGAAAAGGAAAAGGAGCAGAGGCAAGAAAAUAGGGAGCUUAAUAAGCAACUACGACGAUAGUCCAGUCAAUCUAGGCAUUUUCGAGGCUCAACAUCAAACUAAUUGCAACAGAAUUGUUUUCAACGUCAUUUAAGUAAGGGUGGCCUAUCUAGCAACAUACUAAAAAUCCGCCAAAUUCCGAUCGGUAGAAGACGUCAAAAUUAAGCGUUAAACAUUUUGAGCUUUAAACACAGGCAACCCACGUUAUGUGAAAUAUACGUUAAAACAAAAAAUGCACAAAAUGUGUUUGUUACUUUUAUGGAAAAGUGAAAGAAGAAAGAAUAACUGCUACCUAGUUUUCGGUGAUAAAAACGAAGCGUUUCUUUUUUCAAAAGGAUAAAUAUUAAACACGGUUGGCUUUUGCACAGAAAGCCCAUGCUCCACUCUAGGAACCCCAAAAUAACAGGAGGCUUACAGAAAACUACAACAAAUUUAGUCGUAACGCUUUAAAUCUGAAAAAUGAUGGCCGUUACUUAAUCAUUGGCUUUAAAUAUAUAAUGGUAAUUGAACUAAGUGGAGUGCAAUUUGGUCUGAAAUCAUACGCGUGAUUUCAAAAUCGAACGAGCGCGCAGCACGAGUUCGAUUUGAAAUCACAAGUAUGAUUUCAGACCAAAAUUGCACGACACGAAGUUCAAUUACCACUUUAUUACAUCCAUUUUGAAAUCGCAGAAUUUAGUCAGUACUAAUAUUUUAUUGAUCGCGUAGCCGGUUUGUUAAACAGCCGAAACAAAAAGGCUUUUACAUCUCAUUUUGUAUUCGAAACAGAAAUGAUGCGAUAUAUACAACAAAAAUAGUGCGAUUUAAAACAGAAAUGAUGCGAUUUAGAACAUGAAUGACGCGAUUUGGAACAGAUGCGAUUUAGAGUAAAAAAUGGUGCGAUUUAGGAAUAAAUCACACUGCUGAGAGCCAAUCAGAUUGCACAGAUAGCCAGUGAUUUCAAAGUGGAUGUAAUAAAUGUAUAUAUUCUUUUUUUCAUGAGAUUUCUGUUAGCCGCAAGAGUAAGAAAAGUAUAUAUCUAGUUGGAUUUUUAAAGAAAGUUACAGCCAAAAUAGAGCUCUCCCCUCCAACAGUUUUUUCUUUCAAAAACUAUCUCCAAAGAAGUCAACAUAGAAACUAAGAGUGCAGCCAUUACUUUUUUUUUUCUCUUUCUCUUCGCUCUUUCUAUUUUUCCUUUCUUUGUUCUUUUCUAGGGGAUUUUCGGGCUCAUUUUGCCUUCGGCUUUUGGUCUUUUACUCAGUCAAAAGACUGCAGUUUUCGUUCGGUACGUUUUCAAAAACCCAGCAAGAUUAAUGCUUUGGCUCUUACGGCUACCUAUACAUUUAUUUUCGUUAACGUACUGACAUCCUCAAAUAUACAAGUUUUACUUUUUUGAAGCUUUUCGUUUUCCUCUUGUUAAAAGUGAAUUGGAGAGGAGGGGAGGAUAGUUUAACUAAUCCUUUACGAUGCACAACAAUGCAGCGUUUUUGAGCAGGUCAAGCUCCAAUGCCUAUGAAUUUGAUGAGAGGGAAAUGCGUUUUCAUUUAAGGAAAAGUGUUGCUACCUUUGCAAAAAAAUUAUAAUGGUUAACGGAACAUUCAUCAAUCAAUCAAUCAUUUAUUUUAACACGUUACGUCAAAGAGCUAAAAAAACUCGUUCAAAAUACGAACGUGUAUAAAUAAAAUCUAUAGUAAUUACAGCUAUAUAAUAUUAUUCAAUUUUAAAAACAACUCAUGAUCAAUAAAUAUAUACAUAUAAAAAACUUGGUAAUAAAAACAUAAAAUAUAAAAAGCUAAAACCGACUAAAAAGCCCACUAAAAACGUGACUAGGAAAACUAUAAUACUCGUUCUAAAAGCAGUUAAAAGCUACAAUCGUGCACUGUAAGACACGUUCUAAAAAGCUGCAGUCGUGCAAUUUACUUUUGAAGUCACUAGCAUCACUUGAAAGACGCAAUUGAGAAGGCACACUGUUCCAUAAUUUAGUUAAUGAAUAAGUGAAAGAAUUCUUCUUAAAUUUAAGAUUAAAGUUAGGUAAUUCCAAAUUCAAGCCCUCUCCUCUUAGCCUAUACGGUGUAUGCCUGUAUUUAAAAAGGCUUCCAAUAUAAGUAGGUCCCGUACCAUUUAAGCAUUUAAAAAGAAGUAUUAACGCCUGGUGUGAGCGCCUACAAUAUAAGGAUUUCAUGCUAGCCGUAAUGAGCAGCUCGUCGUAUGACAUUGACUUGUUGUGCCCGAUUAAAUGUUCUCAAAAUAUAACAGUUGCCAUCUUCGAGACGGUUGCGUUGACCCGUACCAAUGCCUACGAACAGUAUUCGAGAUAAGGUAAUAUAAAUGCUUUGUAAAGUUUUAUCAUUGCAUCAUGCAGAGGCCUUUGCGCAGGCUUUCUUUAGUUGAUCUGAUAUGUGUUCUUUAUAGGAUAGGUCCUUGUCUAGAGUAACUCCGAGAAUCUUAAUAGAUCGGAGAAAUUCUAUUCUAGCAUUAUUAAGAAAUAAAGAAUAAUGAUAGGCANAAGCAGUUAAAAGCUACAAUCGUGCACUGUAAGACACGUUCUAAAAAGCUGCAGUCGUGCAAUUUACUUUUGAAGUCACUAGCAUCACUUGAAAGACGCACUUGAGAAGGCACACUGUUCCAUAAUUUAGUUAAUGAAUAAGUGAAAGAAUUCUUCUUAAAUUUAAGAUUAAAGUUAGGUAAUUCCAAAUUCAAGCCCUCUCCUCUUAGCCUAUACGGUGUAUGCCUGUAUUUAAAAAGGCUUCCAAUAUAAGUAGGUCCCGUACCAUUUAAGCAUUUAAAAAGAAGUAUUAACGCCUGGUGUGAGCGCCUACAAUAUAAGGAUUUCAUGCUAGCCGUAAUGAGCAGCUCGUCGUAUGACAUUGACUUGUUGUGCCCGAUUAAAUGUUCUCAAAAUAUAACAGUUGCCAUCUUCGAGACGGUUGCGUUGACCCGUACCAAUGCCUACGAACAGUAUUCGAGAUAAGGUAAUAUAAAUGCUUUGUAAAGUUUUAUCAUUGCAUCAUGCAGAGGCCUUUGCGCAGGCUUUCUUUAGUUGAUCUGAUAUGUGUUCUUUAUAGGAUAGGUCCUUGUCUAGAGUAACUCCGAGAAUCUUAAUAGAUCGGAGAAAUUCUAUUCUAGCAUUAUUAAGAAAUAAAGAAUAAUGAUAGGCACAGGGUCCGACAGAUAAUGCUUGAAUCUUAGUACUCUUCACUGUUAAAUGGUUAGACUCAAACCACAACGAAAGAGUCUGAAGAUCUUUGUUGAAGGAAAAUUCUAGAAUGGUGGGAGAUACAUCAGACAGGUAGGCAGUCGUGUCAUCAGCGUACAGCCGCAAUGAGACAUUGGGAACACAGAAAUUCAAGUCAUUAAUGAAUAUGUUGAACCGAAACGGCACCAAUAGUGAACCUUGAGGAACGCCAGAUUUAACUGUUUUGAAGUUAGAGCAUACGCCUUCUAAUCUGACACAUUGUUGACGACCUAGCAGGUAGGUGGACAUCAUCGCAUAAGAACUUUGGUUCCAACAAACGUUUGUUUCAAGAAAACGAAAUACAUGGAAGCAGGUUUUUAAGAGAAAGAUUAACUCCAGGUAGCCAAAACAAUGCGUAUGUAAAAAUAUAUUGUAAGAGUCUAUGGAGUAAUGGAAAUUCCCCACGCAGAGCAUAAUUUACGAAACUCAAUCAAAGGUUAACAUGUAGUAAGUUGAAGUGUUACACAACGCUCAUCUGAAGAGAAACAUUGGCUCCGCAAAAAGAGGUGAGCCAUCAGAAGCUAAGUCAGGCAAGCUCAUUAAUGUCGUAUACAUGUGUCCAGUACUUUCGCGGCGCCUUCAUUGACCGCUGCUAUUAUUUUCAGACGUAUAGGAUCCCAUGAUCGUUAUAGAAAAAGAGGUCUUCAUUUGCCAAUGGACGAAAAAAAAAGCUGGUCAAGGAACAGGCUUGUUCUCACAAAAGAAAAAGUGCAAGGAGGGAAUAUAAACGCCUUGAGACAACAGAGCGAUUACUUUACUUGUUCACCUUACCAAGAAAUAAAGGGUGCCGCAGAAAAUGCAAACUGAACACACAGAUACACUAAACUAAAUCUGAGACUCGCUAUUAGAUGAAGUUAACAAAAGAACAAUCAGACUGCGCUUGGUUUUCUAGAUUUCCCUUACAACAGGUUCGACCAGGUGUAAUGAAAAGCGCUGAUUGUUACGAUCUAGCAAAAACCAAAUAGACGGAGUCCUUAGCAGAAUAUUUUUUCACUCACAUUGUAAAGCACAGAGUUUUCGAUCACACAUCAUGUGUCCAAGGUUUGAAUAUAACUACUUCACAAAACUCGAUUACGUACACAAAACGGGAAUAGGUUAAACAGUUUGUACUGAUACAAAACUAUCUUCCAUUGCACACAUUUAGUCACACGUUAUCCUUCAGUAUGGAUGCAAAUUUAGUAGCUGACCGAAGGUGAGCAAAAUAUCAAAUCAAACUGUUCACCAUCAGGUAUUGAAAAAAAUACCAGCAUGUAAAACUGAUAACAUACUUACUGCAUUCCUGAUAUUGCGCAAAAAAAAAUCAAUUAUUGUUUUUAACCAUGUUAAAACGGACUAACUAAUAAGUUCUCCUUAAAUACCGUUAUAGAAAAAAAAAUUAAAGCUUGGAAAACAGAAUGUGAAGACAGGCGAGAGGCUAGGUAGCCUGUGCAAAGCCGUCAAGUCGAAACACCUACCCUGGUGUUUCUUGCACAUUAAGUCAGCGGUUUUUAAAAUCAAAACUACCCGAAAUACAUUAGCGAUGUUGUAUCGAAAAUUCUUGAGAAACAAAAAACACAGUUAUCAGAUGUUUUGUCUGAAUUUGUGAUCUUCCUGAAAUUGGAUUCCCUGUGGUGAAAGUAGGCUUUGGUAGACUGUGCUCGAAAAAAAGCAUAUUAUGCUUUUAGUAGUGCUCAUAUUUGUUAGAAAUUAUACCAAAAUUAUUCUACUUUCUGAAAAUUAUGCUUUCUGUCACCGAAAUUAUGCUACUUAGAUUUUACACUGAUCCAACAAUUAAAUGGAGUUGAAAAAAAUUCUGUUGCAGUUAGUUUGACGCUAAACCACAAUUUGACUGGACUACGACCACAACGACGACUUCAAAAAAAACAAUAGGUUUAAUGAUGAAAACAACAGCUCUGCACGUGUAUCACGCUUUUUAGUACAUUUCUUUGACGUCCACUGCACGACUUCGACGUAAAACCUCCUAAUUUGACGACUUGUGGACGACGUGAACAUACGACGACGAAUUCUCCUUCCUCUUUUUGAUCCUGAAUAAAAUCCUUAAGAAUUCAACUCCAGGAAAAGUCGCCUGCAUUUGAUAUAUUGAGCGGGUCCAAAUAGACGCGAUUAAGUUUGAAAGAACGCAAAUUCAUUUUUUGACGCCGUUUUCACUGCCUUCGUCGUCGUCCUUGCUUAAGGUCCCUAAUGUACGGUAGAGAACGAGUAAGAACUGUGGAGCAAACGGAAUAAGGGUUUAUAAUUGAACUCUUAGUAAAAGAGUAACUUUAAAGAGUAACUUUGAAUAAAUCGUCUUGUCCGUCUGAGAUUUUCUUAUUUAUAAUUACUUCACACUGGUGGAGCACAUUUCAUUUACUCAACCCCGGUGAAGAACCUCACACUUCUGUCACAACACCAUCUCGACUUACCUGUACAUAGGUAUCGCAGUCGAAGUCUGUUCAAUAAUUAUGGGUGUCUUUAGCAGCACUUUGAAUGAGCUUAUGGAAACCCUUGUAUCACCUCUGCAGUUGCAGUGUAGCUUUAAGUUGCCAGAGAAAUCAGGGGAAAUUGGGAGCGCGAGCUGAGGGAGGGAAGGCAAUGGCCCAGUGUGGCCGAACUGUUUUGGGCACAACUGGGACAGUCGCGCAUAGAGUUUUACUGUUCAAGCCUAAAAAAAGAACGUGACACUUUCUAAAGCAUACAAAAACGCUAUUAAAUCACACGGCUCUUUCUUCAUAACCAGCUGGCGUUGACCACAUUUGCGAUAUCCGAUAAAUGUUAUCAAUGCUGCAUGGAUGAGCACCAGAAAAAGGAAUGUAAACCGAGAAGCCCUGGGGCGAGGUUUCGUUUUCAUCGACGGAUGACAUUCGCUAGACUAAAUUUCCCCUUAUAUCCUACACUUGCCUAGAAACAGGCAAAUGAAGACUAGAACUUAACGUCGAUUGGGGUAGGUAUACUUGCCUGUAAAAUAUUAAUUACUUUAAAUGAAAACGCAUCAAUUAUUGUAUUCGGCUUUCGUAUGAUUAUAACACCCUCCUCGAUCUGCAUAAUUCUUCAAUAACCAUUUCAUUUUCUCAUUCUUUUUAUGCUUUAGGAUUUAUAGUCAGAGCUUCCGUACAGCCGCCUUCUCCCUACUAGCCUGCUGGCAAGCGCAAAUAAGGGAGGGGAGGGGGGGAAAGCGCGAAAGGGAGAGGGGAAGGGAUUCCUUACCCUCUCUCCCCAAUUUCCCCUCUUUUCUCCAUCCUUCCAAUCCCCUACCCUUAUGUAGGCUAUAUCGCCACAUAGUUACGAGUUGUUUCUAUCUGGUACCUUACUAGUUACCAGGCCAAACUCAGCAAGGAAGAAAACACUAACAAAUCCACGGUAUGGCUGGUCCCUUACACAUGUGCACAGCCAUAUAUCCCGGGAAGUCGCAGCCAACGACAGCUGUUUCGUCUUUAUUUAGACUCGUCAGCAUGGCUGCUUAUGCUUAAGAUACUGUUAAUACCUCUGAGUUUGGUAGUGCGUACUUUCUCGCUGAAUUUUAGUCCUGUAGUAACUAUGCCUCCUCCCUCCGAAGUACAAGUGAUUUGCUAAUGAAACAAAUAUGACAUCAGCAAGGCAUCAGCCAGAAUCGAUACUAAAAACAGACUCAAAAGAUGAUGGAAAUGAAACCGUUCAUUCUUAGUCUCUUUUAUGCGGUCUUACACGUGCGCAGCCGUUUUUGGUUUCGUCACGCAAUGUUGUGGGUAGGAGAGCACUCAGUUAUUUACUUAAUAUGAUUUUUUUUCUCCUCUGUUAUUUGUGCAGAAAUUCAUAAUUUUCGAUUCUAGUUUGUGAGCUUUGGCAUUAAUUUCCACGUAAUCUUAUAAAAUUCGAAGCAGUGUUAGUAGCUUAAUACACCACUUACUCCUGGGCCAUAAGCAGAACAUCAGCGAGAAAGAUCUUUGAAAAGUAGCGCCGGGGACAUAAGUGAUCAAUAGGACCUAAUCAGAAACUGGAUGAUAAUUGAUCUGGUCAUUUCUCGGGAUUCUUUGUUUAUAGCGUUCCAUUAGCAGUUAUUUUGAACGUGAAACUUUAAAAAAGAAGAAAAAAAGAAAUUUUCCUCCAUUUCGGCUGAAACAGGGCAUGUGACUUGGUUUGACAAGUGAAUCCACCCUUUUGUUACCUUUGCGCAAUUCCGAUUUCGUACAUGCAAAAACUUUGCUGUCUCCUGAUUUUGCAAUUCAGCGCCAUCUACGACUUUCAUUUACUGAAUAGAACUCAGACGGGUUAAAAAUUUGCCAAUACCGAAAGCGACGCUUAUUUUAUAAUAAAGGAACUUGGACAAUUUGCUCGUCAGGUAUAACAGGGGAGAAUGCUUUCCUCUUUAGUAUCCGAGCAUGUGCAGAGACCCAAAACCAAUACAGGGUGCGUCUUUUAAUUUUCACGAAGUAGGGAAAGCUAGGGACGGAUUUCCACUGACGCGAAAUUUACAUGUAAGUACGCAUGCAAAUUUUACACGCGUAAAUAAAAUAGAGGCAAUGUAUGGAAAGUCGCGCGUAAACGUAAAAGUUGAGCGAGGUUCAACUUUUUUUUUUCCCGCGUCCUUGCCUCUAUAUAUUUUUUUUUUCCGCGAGUAAAAUUUACGUGCAUACGCACGUGAAAAUUAUGCGACAGUGGAAAUCCACCCUAACGUGAGUCAUAAAAAGGUAAUGGUUUUGUAGUUAUAGGGUAUUAUCCUUUCUUUCGUUUAACUUUAUUGACUCACCUUGCUUUUUGUAGCGCCACGAAUCCUUGAUGUAAAACAAAUGAGACUAAAACCCAAUCUAGCUGACAAUGAUAGCGCAAAUACAAUCUGACUGAGCAAAUACCUGCUAAUCUAAAGAUUGUUUUUUAAAGACAUGUGACAUCUUUUACACAUUGUAAACUGUUGGUUUCGAAGACAAGCGUUUACUAUUCUAAGUCACUGUUACUACACUAGCUCUACAAUUAUUUACAAAAAACAUAAAGGAUGAUUGAAAUCUCUCUGCUUCCGUGACGAAGUUGAUGCAAGGAGAUGAAACGAUUUAACCAGCUGAGGUCAGAGUUCCCCUCCAAUAUAAUCUGUCACGUCCCUGGAAUUUAACUAAAAAUGGUGUCAUUUCCUAUUGCACAAUUUGACGGUGAACCUCUUGUAUAUAAACUGAUAAGCGAUUGCUAUAGACCUAUAUCUACAGUGAGGUUAUCGCAUGCGUAGUAUCAUUUGCUCGGAAAGUAGGAGUUAAGUAUCACAUCUGAUUACUAUCGAAUUACAUUGUCCUGAAAGACAUGAAAUAUUUCUCCCCAUUUCUCCUGACAAUUUUUCUGAGCAUUGCACUUUUCAAGGAAAUUAUUUGUGCCGGUAAGUUAAAUAUGUAGCCUUAGUUUUUGCGUGUAAUUGCAGAUUUGGCAGUAUCACGGGGGAGACUUCUCUGUGAUUGGAAACUUUGCAAUGACAAGAGUUACUGAUUAUAACCUUAUGCCACGAUGCGAUUUCAAAAGUAAGCAGCUAUCGCUUUACUAAAAGUCUACUAUGUCUUAUUGUUUGUAAUUUGAGUGGUACAUUUCGAAGUCGAUAAUCUUGCUUUCAGUCUGAAGCACUUGUCUCUCAAUUAAUACUGAGCAUUUAAGACGGAGCAGGAGAAAAGAAAGUUAAGACUGAUACUUUCAAACGUUUUUCAAACAUCAUGGUGCCAGAGAUUUAGAAUCGCUUUAACAAACUACCGAAGUAGAAAAGUGGGAUUGUUGGCACAAUUCAAUGAUAAAGAAAAUUCGACUUAAAUGAAUUGGAUUUAUUUUUAUUUUGUUUUGUUUUGUUUUCUCUUCAGAUUAUGAAGUGCAAGUAACAACGGGAAACUCGUUAGGUGCAGGGACAGAUGCGAAAGUGUACAUAAAGAUAUUCGGAGCGAAGGAAUCAACCGCUGAGCAUGAGUUGGAAGCCAUCCAUAAAGAUCCUUUUGAGAGGGGAAAGUCAGUAUUUGAGUUAUUUUAAUGAUCUAGCUCUUUACGGUUAGAAGUUUUUUUUUUCUUAACAAAAGCAUGUUAACAAAAAUAAUUUUGGUUCCUUGAUGGAAGUUUUCUCUUUAAAUAUAUCAAAACGGCACAUGAGUUUCAACGCUUUUCUAAUAUUUGCACUAGUACUCAUAUACAUAUUUCACUGAACUCAUAGCAAUGAGAAUUUACUUGGAUAUUUGGUUCAAAUUAUUUGGACUUCAUUGGCCUUUUCUGUAUAGGAUCUGGAUUAUUGAUGGUCACAUCAUCAUGAGUGAUCACGUGAUCACUGAAGAAUGGCGUGAAACGCCAAAGGCCUUGGCCCUUGAAGCGAAGGAUUUGAUUUCUCUGGUCUCCAGCCAAGAUAAUCUUUAAAAUUGUUAGGGAUAAUAGAAUAUUCUGUUAAGAAAAAAAUACCGCUCCGCUUUUUAACUAUCCACAACCUAUAAAGACGAAAACUAAUAUUUUAGUUUUUAAAACGACUCUCGAUAUUGUUCAUCUUAUCAUAACUAGAAAAGACACCUUCUACUUAAGAAAUACAGCCGACGUUGGAACAAUUACAGCCAUUGCCAUCAAAAGAGACGAAUCCGGAUGGUUUCCUAAAUGGCAGCUUGCACGCGUAAGUCGUGAACCUUUUAUGUCGAAGUUUUCACACCUUUCAAAAUAGCCAUUUUAUUUGUAUGCGCGAGGUACGAGAGAAAACAAGAGAAUCAGUGUUUAAAGCCUUGAUGUGGCACAUGAGUAGCUUGCGAGCAGGAUCAGAGCCUGAUCGGCCGGGAAAAUCAGUUUUGCCGGCCAUUCUUCUGUGGUCUACAUUUGUCAGUGGUAUCAACAUUUUUUAAAAAUCUUAUUGUAACCCUUACCAGGACUAUCCCUCAACCAAUAUAAUUUGUUUGCUUGUUUGUUUGUUCCUUUAUUCUGCAGGUUUUGGUAAAGGCAACUAACUCUCGCAAAUGGUCACUUUUUGAUUACAAUGGCUGGACUAAACCAAAUGUUUGGUUUACAAUAAAAGGUACAGCUUCGUAUAAAAAAUCGGAAUGAAAUACAUAAAAUUAGCUAGAAGGAAAGUUCUUCAUUUUCUUUGAAGGCCAAGUUAAACAUCUAUAAAAUUAUCAGGGGUACAAACGAAGUCCUUAGUAGUUGUGUUAUUUCAAGGAGAGUAUGAUCGGAGAGCUAGUUAUGUUAGGCCAACUCUUAUGGUUUUUAUUUUGUUUGUGUAAUUUUAUUUUGAUGGCGAGGCAAUUUUUUCAGCCAAUUAACAAGAGUAGUAAUGUCAACAAGAGAAAUCAUUGCAAAUUACUUUCAUAGUGAAUCAUAACUAUCAAUUGGUAACAGAACUUUAAUCAACGAGUAUGAUUACAGGCUGAGUUUGACUCCACUCAUUCCUAAUCAAUACAAUGUUAUUUUCUGAGUUUAUCGUAAGAAGGAGGGAAGCAAAUGCUUUUGAGGUUUUCAAAGAUACCGCCCAUCUCUGAUUUCUUUUAGAAUUAGAGUUGAUUAAGUGAAAAACAUCUUACGAGGAAGACGUUUCUCAGUUUUCAGUAAGUGAUACCGAUGACUCGGCACCCGAGUGCCUGUGUCACCGAAUGAAUGAAAAACAUCAUUCUUGUAUAUUUACGAGCAUAAAAUUCAUGAUCACAUUUAUAGUCUGUCAUUGGAAAACUCCUGUUCACCUCUUAUCCUCAAUUUAGUGUUGGUGUCACUUUUAUCCGUUUGGUAACGCCUUCCCAAUAAAGAACAGACAAGUUAUAGGUCGACUAAUCUAAGGUUCUCUUCCAGUUACCUGUGAACCUGGCUUUCGAAAAAAUCAAGCAAGUGGAAUUUGCGAGGGUCGUAAGUAAACUUCUAGUUUUUAGUAUUAGAAUUUCACAAGCUUUAUCAUUCUCUCUUGGCUUUAUUUAUGAAGUUGCGACAUAUUUUUCAAGUCGAAUGUACAGAGUUUAUCCUGGUUUAAGGCCUGGGUCAAAGGCGUGUUCUGAGCAUAUGAAUGAAUGGCAGUAUAAAUGAAUUUUUCCCCAAAAGUAAAUCUUGAGGUUUUUUGUGCCAUAACGUUUAAUUAUGGUCAUGUGACAUGUAACGCGACCAAAAAUUGAAAAUAAAGGAAAUUGGUGAAUUGGUGGCGAAUUUGCUUUGUUUAGAUAAACAAAGGAUAAACAUACCUAGCUUUCUACGUUUGGAAUGAACGUACGUGAAGUUUAAAAUUGAACUUUUAAGUCAUUUAAAAUUAAAUUUGGGCAUUUAAAAUGACGUUUUCCCUCAUUAUUUUUUAUUGAAGGGCAAAGGACGGGCAUUCCAAACGUGAAGUGUUUGAAAUAUUUAGUAUGAAUUAGAAAAAUGUUAUUACUUGAUUUCUUUUCUUAAACCGGCGACCAAUUGAUCAAUAAUUUACGAUUUUUAGCAAAGUGGUCACGUCACAUAUCACGCGACUUAUUAACGCAACAUUUAUACUUUAAAAUUUUAAGGACAAUGAGUUCUUUAUGUGUGCCAAAUUUGAUUCAGCGCGAUCAUCUCUGCCGAAGUUACAGGCAAUAAUUCAUUUUCCACAGGUAAACCCCUUAGUCCCAGGCCUCAAACUACUUGAGAAGUUCAUACCCUACUAACGGGAACACCAUUCUCUCAUUGCAGCAGUCUGUGGUUCGAGACCAAGCACGCGAUUAUCAGCUGGCUCCGUAGCUCCACAAGGCGCCUGGCCAUGGCAGGCGAUGCUGAGAUUCACACUUCAUGAUCGUCCAAUGUUUUGUGGAGGGUCUCUUAUAUUGCCUCAGUGGGUGUUAACAACAGCGUAUUGUGUUUAUGGCAAGAAGGCAUCAAAUGUCUUUGUAAGGUACAAACCAAACCCAAAUCUUUAUAUUUUUACUGUUGAAGCCCAUUUUUCAAUUUGGUGUGGAAAGCAGUUCAUGCUAGUUUUCGCUUACUGUGCUUUGUUAUUAAAAAUUAGCCCUCUCUCCCCAUCAAAUGUAUAAUACGUUACAAUUUCUACCAUUCCUGAUUUAGUCUGAUUUGAUAUUCCCAACACAGACUGUCGGUUCCACUCUUGCACUAAUUUUCUAUGACGAGUUUAUUUAUCCACUUUCAAUUGGCCCUUCUCCCUCAUUUUUCUUUAAAAACUUAACUGAAAGAAAAUAUUAAACUUGAUAUUAUGUAUUAAGUUUAAAAAAAUUCCAUGUCAUCAUCCUUUCUUUGUCAUUAAUAGACAUUUUCUUUUAUUAACAGACUUGGGGCACACUACAGAGAGAAAACUAUUGGCACAGAGCAAGACAUCAGAGUGGAAAAGAUAUUCAUACAUCCCAAGUAUCAUGUACCAAACCUUUUUUCUAAUGACCUGGCGUUAUUAAAGCUCUCGCAACCCGCCAGUUUAUCAAAUGGGACAAGUUUAGUUUGCCUGCCAAAUAAGGAAGUGCCUUUGCCCACAAACCAAUCAUGUUGGAUCACCGGAUGGGGCUACUUAGAUAUUGUUUCAGGCGCCCUUCCUGAAAAGCUAAAACAGGCACAGAUUCCGCUGGUCUCAAGAUCCACAUGCUCCACUGAUCACCCUACGAGAAUUAUUGACGAGUCCAUGCUAUGCGCAGGGUCAAAUAUCACUAGGGCCAGCGGAUGCCAGGACGAUACUGGCGGGCCUUUGGUGAGAGAAUUCCGAGGAAAAUGGUACCUUGAAGGUGCAUUUAGUUGGGGCGCCAACUGUGACCCACAGAAACCAUACAAACAUCAGAUGUACUCUAAUAUUAGGUACCUUAGAGACUGGAUUGAUAACACAAUAGCUGACAAUCAGUACGCAUGAUGCCAUAUGUGAAACAGGAUUGUUAUUAAUGAUUUACCUCAAUAGUGUGCAACCUUAAAAGGAAUUCAGGUUCCUUUUUAUUAAACGUAAUACACUGAACACAGCACACAUGUGGGUCUGUUGUACGUGUAUCAGAACAUCUCAAGUUUUGCU